AUAAAAUAUAGAGAAAAAUGGCAAAUUAGGUUGAAUUCAAACAGCUCGGAUACUUGAAAGGUCACGGUGAUUGGGUUACCACUAUCAUUACCAAUUAAGACCCAACUUUGGCUGAUUUAGUCAUCUCAGGUUCAAGAGACAAAUCCAUUCUUGUUUGGAAAUUAUUCAAACAACCCGAUGGUGAUUUGGCUGGUCAACCAAGAAAACAAUUGAAGGGACACUCCCAUUUCGUAAGUGACUUAGUGUUGUCAAAUGAUAAUAAAUAUUUGUUAUCAGCCUCUUGGGACAAGGAAUUAAGAUUCUGGGAUUUGGUUAAUGGAACAUGCACAAACAGAUUUGUUGGAAACAAAAAGGAAAUCUUCACAUGUGCCAUGAGUCCAGACAACAGAUAAAUUCUUUGUGGUGGAGCUGAAAGAAAAUUCAAAUUGUACAAUGUUAAGGCUGAAGAAAAGCUCACCUAAACAAACCAUUUCCACUCUGAUUGGAUCAGUUCUGUUAGAUAUUCACCAAUCAUCAAAAACAUUCAACCAUAUUUUGUUACAGUUGGUUGGGACGGUUGGCUCAAAGUCUGGAAUUAAAACUUCACAAUCAGAUUCUAAUUCAAGGCUCAUGAUUCCUAAAUCAACAGUGUUGCAAUCAACCCAUCUGGUGAAUACAUUGCAACAGGAGGUAAGGAUAAGAAAUUGUACAUUUGGAACAUUACAGAUUUGAAGAAACCAGCCUUUGAAUAUGAUGCAGGAGGUAUCAUUAACUAACUCGCUUUCCAUCCAUAAUAAAAUUGGAUUGUUGCUGCCACAGAAAAUGGUAUCAAAGUUUGGUAAAUUUCAUAAGAAGAAAAGGCUGAAACCAAGACACCAAUUGUUACAUUAGAUCACCACACUGAAACUUCGGUUGCUGGAGGAGUGAAAAAGAUUUAAAAGCACGGAGCAGUGUCUGUUGCCCUUGAUGCCAAUGGUGCCAAACUCUAUGGAGGAUUCACUGAUGGAUCAAUCUUAGUUUGGGAAGUAUCAACCAAAAAUUGAAAAAAUUAUGUACAUUACAUCAAUUCCAAUAAUCAUACACUAUAGGCAUAACAGUGAAAAAAGUUAAAAGCUUUUUUAAUACGACUGCCUAUUAAAUUAGGAGGAAGGCGUGCUUAGUGAAGUGAGUGUUGGAAUUUCAAUAUAAACAUCAAUAUAUAUUGU